AUGGAGAAAGAAAUUUGCUUGGUUACUGUGCAAUCGUCCUUCAAGGAAGUAAUUGACGAUGUGAAAAGCAACAGAUUAGAAAAGGACACCUUCUGGAUAGCUUUUCAGCCGAUUAAUGAAACAGAACUGAAUUCUAAGGAAUAUUUCAUCAAUGUGUCUAAGCAUGACAAUAAGUUAAUAUUUGCCUCAAAUAACAGAUUUGGUGAUGUUGAAAAGGCCUCAAUUGAAUUUAGAAUUAUGAAUGAAAAUAGCUAUGAAGUACUCUUCAAAAAUCAUAGAUACUUGCUUAAGACCCCAAACAAAACAAUAGAUUUGAAUAAGUUAGUAAAUGGAUCGAAUGGUACUGAUAUAAACAAAAAUAUAAAUGUGGCAUCAAUUGACCUAUCUAGUGACUUGAAAUUUUAUUCUAUUGGCGACAGCAAAGGAAACAUUUAUAUUUUAAAUUAUUCAAAAGAUAACCAAAUGGUUCAUUUUUUUAAAAAUUAUCAUGAUUUAGACGUUUCAAAAUUAAUCAUAUUUCCAUCUAAUAAAGUAUUAAUGUCAAAUUCUUUAGAUUACAAAACAAAAAUAACAAAUCUUGAAACUGGUGAAAUAGUUAGAGAAUUUCUAACAAACACACAAAAAGUCAAUGAUAUUAAAACCAUUGGCCAAAUUGGAAGAAAUUUUUUAACCAUUUCCAAUGAUUCAAAUGUUAAAAUUUUUGAUAUUGGUUCAAAGACUUUAGUCAAGAGCUUUUAUAGAGUGUCUAAUAGAACAAGUAUUGGAUCAAUGGUCUUAUAUAAUGAUCUAAAUUACGAAAAGAGACUUCAAAUAGACAAAAAUUAUAAAAAUUAUGAAUUUGAAACUAAAGGAAAAUUUAUAAUAACUGGUGAUUCAAAUGGUAGUUUAACUUCAUGGAAUUUAUUUGAUGAAUAUCAAUUUUUUUCAAUUUUAAACAGCGAUGAUUCAACUUUUUCAAUAACAGCCUUAGCUUUAAAUAAAGAUGAGAUUGAUUCAAAUGAAAAAAAUUCAACUUCUACUAAGGAUUUUUAUUUAGCGGUUGGUUAUGAUAACGGUAUAAUUAAAAUAUUCAAAUAUAACAAUGUAUUAUUGAAUAAGUUUGAAGAAAUUAAAAAAAUAAAAAUCAAUUUUGGAAAUCCUAUUACAUCGUUAUAUUUUAAUGAAAACUCUAUUAAAGGGAUCAAUGACCUAAUAAUUCUUUCUAACAAUCAAAUAUUAAUGUCGGUUGAAUUUAGUAAAUUAAUUGAACAAAACAAAUUAGAUAUAACUUAUUUCUGUGGUUAUAGUGAUAUAGCCCAGGUAAAUCAAAUCAACUUGAAAAAGAAUAUUGUAAAUUCAGACUCAAAUUUAUUAAUUGGUUGCAAAUAUGGUACAGUAUCCUUAUUUAGUUAUUAA